AUGUUUAAAAAGCCUAAUCCCACUAAAAAAAACAAUUUAUCGCAGUUUGGCCUCAUAGAUAUACCCGAUUUGGAUGAUAAUGAUGAGCCCAUGGACCUGUCAGAUGAUGAUUUGGAUCUUGAAGCAGAGUUGGCAGCUAUCAGUGGAGGAUCUAAACGUCAAAAGCCUAAGAAACCCGCACCAAUGCCUGCAGCUAACCUUGACGCGAUGAUUGCAGCUAGCUUGAAGGACAUACCUUCUGAUGAAGAUGUUUCUGGUGAUGACGAAGAUGAUCCUGAUCUGUUGGAUGAGUUGAGAGAACUAGCCGUAGAUGACGAUGAGGCUCCUCCACCACCUCCGCGCACGUCUCGCCCGGCGCCGCCGCCGCCUGGGGCUUCAGUAAGCACUGAUAGCAGCAUAGUCAGCUUCUUGCAAGACAGGAUCACUAACUAUACAGCUGCUGAGAAGAAUGCUAAGGCGAACGGGGAAAGCAGCAAAGCUAGAAGAUUCAAUCGCGGUCUAAAAACCCUGAACGAUCUUCUAAAACAAGCAAAAGCUGGCAAACCGAUCAACGACGAGGAUAUACCCCCGCUUGUGGUGGUGAAAAAGCAGGCUGAUAUGCCACAGCCUCCUUCUGCGCCACCUGAACCUGAGCCGGUCCCAGAACAGCCUUUGAUAGACUUAGGGCCCCCAGAACCUAGCCCGGAGCCUAGCCAUCCGGAACCUAAAGAACCACCGCCUCCACCUCCGGUUGAAGUCCUCAGUGAUGAGAAACAGAAGGGACUACAAAUUAUAUUGAGACGCCAGCAAGAGUUUAAAACUGCAGCUCUAGCAUCAAAACGUGCUGGAGAUAAAAACUUGGCUCUGGAGUAUCUCAAGGUUGUGAAACAAUUCGACUUUGUGGUCGAUGCGUACAAGUCUGGACAAGAAAUGGAUCUGAACGAAUUGCCCACAGCAGAAAUGAUAGCCGCCGCUUUUAAGUCACAGAAAACGGAGGAUGUGACGCAGAAAUCUGCGGAGCCUCCCCCGGAGCCGGUGAGUGAGAGUACCGGCCUCGUCACUGCGGCGACCGUGGGCGAAGCUUUACGUCAGAGGCUGGCUGCAUUUCAGCAACAAGAAGCCAAAGCGAAAGAAGACGGUAACUCUUCCAAGGCGAGACGUAUGGGUAGGAUAGUGAAGCAGUAUCAAGACGCGAUCAAACAACACGCGGCGGGCCGCCCCAUCGACGCCGACGAGCUGCCCACCCCCGCUGGACACGCGCCCCUCCCCACCGGUGGGGCCCCAUCGGCAUCCUCAGCUGCAGCUCCGUCCCCUUCUUCCGGUCCAACUCCGUCUCCCCGUCCCGCUCCCCGCCCCGCGGCCUCCCGCCACGACAAACAGCUAGCCUACCUGCUUCUGCGGCAAAAGCAAUUCAAGGAAGCUGCGCUCAAAGCGAAGAAAAGAGGUGACCUGGAGACAGCUCGGGAGUACUUGCGCGCGGCUAAAGGGUUCGACUCCGUGAUCGACGCGGCGCGGGGCGGGCUCGCCGUCGACCUCAAGUCCCUGCCGCUGCCCCCUACGGCUAAGGACGAUUUGGAAAAUACGUUUGACGUAGUAGCCACGGAAGACUGCAGUCCGUCGGAGGACAACAACACGCCCAUUGACUCUACAGGGGAAGAUGAGGACGUACUCUCCCGUCUGCAGCAUCAGCUCAAUAAUCAGCUGAAGAUGUGCCAUACCAAUCGCGAUCACAACAGAGACAUGGGCAACAUUGCCGAGGCCAAUAGAUUCGAGCAUUUAGCUGUGAGGGUGAAGGAAGAUUUGGAUGUUGUUGUGGUAGCAAAAAGCCUCGGUCAAAGCCCUCCGAAGUUUCACUACGAGACGCGGCAGUUCGCCGUGGUGCAGUGCAACACCGACCUUAAUGAGAACGACUUAGAGUUGACAAUCGUGAGGGGCAUCGCUUACAAUGUUUCAAAUCCCAAGGAUGUCGAUACUUAUGUCAAAUUCGAUUUCCCUUUCCCACAGGACGCGCCAAUGUCGGACCGCACAGCUCUAGUGAAGGAUACAAACAACCCCGAGUACAACGGGGUGUUCCACCUCCCCAUACAACGGAACAGAGCCUGCUUCAGAGUGUUCAAGAGGCAUGGCAUUAAGCUUGAAGUUUAUUCUAGAGGUUGCUGUUUGGCUGACGCCUUCUCGUGUUGCAGCGGCUGGUUCAGGAGCGACUCGCUCAUUGGCACCGCCAACGUCAAGUUGGCGCCACUCGAGACACAAACCACUCUGCAUGAAGCCUUCCCUCUAAUGGACGGUCGUCGUCCAGCGGGCGGUUCGUUGGAGGUGAAACUGCGCGUGCGCACGCCGUUGUUGCAGCAACAGAUAGAGCACUCGAAACAUCGUUGGCUUGUAGUAGACAACUGA